CGGUUAUGUCACGAAAUCAAGAAUCCUCGUAGGUUCCUUGUAGGUUCCAGACGGAGAGAGAGGGGAUGACAGAUGCAUGUAUAUCCAUCUAUCCAUAUAUAUCUUUGAUUUCAACAAAUUUUACUACUGAAAAUCACUUCAGAUUGUGCGAAGAUUUUUACAAACAGAAGAAGUAAAAUCAAAAUGGAAGGAAAUGGAGCACCACCACCACCAUCGGCGGCGAUAAUCGAGCACAAGGCGUAUGCUCGAAUUGGACUACUCGGUAACCCCAGCGACGUGUAUUACGGACGUACGAUCUCCUUAAACAUCUCCAAUUUUUGGGCUUCUGUUCGUUUGGAACCAUCUUCAGAUCUCGUCAUCGUCCCUCACCCGACUCACGAUCUCGUUAAAUUCACUUCACUCUCUCACUUGACAAAUCGAUUGGAGAAUGAAGGUUACUAUGGAGGUGUACGCCUCCUCAUGGCAACUUGUAAAGUUUUUACCAAAUACUGCAAAGAACAGGGGAUCGAUCUUCACAACAACAACUUUUCUAUUUCAUAUGAGACCAACAUCCCUCGUCAGACAGGGUUAUCUGGUUCCAGUGCCAUUGUAUGUGCUGCAUUUAGCUGUCUUCUUGACUUCUACAAUGUCAGAGACAAAAUAGGAGUGGAGAUUAGACCUCAACUUAUCCUCAAUGCAGAAAAAGAACUUGGAAUUGUUGCAGGUUUACAAGACAGAGUAGCUCAAGUUUAUGGAGGCCUUGUAUACAUGGAGUUUGACAAGGAGAAGAUGGAUAAAUAUGGGCAUGGAAAUUACACAGCGUUGGAUACAAGUCUUCUUCCACCUCUUUAUCUCAUCUAUGCUGAAAAUCCAAGUGAUUCUGGAAAGGUGCAUAGCACAGUUCGACAAAGAUGGUUAGAUGGAGACGAAUUUAUAAUAUCAUCAAUGGAGGAAGUGGCAAACUUAGCUCUUGAAGGAAAAACAGCUUUACUUGAAAAAGAUUAUUCUAAACUUGCUACCCUUAUGAAUCAAAACUUUGAUCUAAGAAGGCGGAUGUUUGGGGAUGCGGCGCUUGGUGGUUUAAACAUAGAAAUGGUGGAGGUGGGAAGAAGAGUUGGGGCAGCUACAAAAUUCACGGGCAGUGGUGGGGCAGUUGUGGCAUUCUGCCCGGACGGAGCAUCACAAGUUGAGCUUCUAGAAGAAGCUUGUAGGAAGAGUGGGUUCUUUAUUCAACCUGUGAAAGUUGUGCCUUCUCUUCUUAAUGAAAUCGAUGUUAGAACUUUAUCAUCAAAAAAAUGAAGACUUGAGUGAGUGUUACUAAAUGCUAUGUGUAAGGUGUUUUAUUAUUAUUAUUAUUAUUGGAUUUGUAGGUUUAAUGUGUAGAAAUUGUGACAUUAUGAAGUUUGUAUG